AUGGAGGCAGACAGACGUGAAUGCAUAAUGUUUGCAUCACAACAACCCCGCCCCCUUCUUCCGCUUUUCAUCACCCACCCCAUUCUGCCCGCUUUCCAUCACCCGACCCCAUUCUCCGCUUUCCAUCACCGCCCCAUUCUCCCGCUUUCCCAUCACCCCCGCCCCAUUCUCAUCUCCCGCCUUUUCCAUCACCCCGCCCCAUUCUCCCGCUUUCCAUCACCUCGCCCUCUUAUUCUCCCGUCUUUCCAUCACCCGCACCAUUCUCCCGCUUUCCAUCACCCCGCCCAUUCUCCGCUUUCCAUCACCCCGCCCCAUUCUCCGCUUUCAUCACCCCGCCCCUCUUCUCCCUCUUUCCAUCAUCCCCGCCCCAUUCUCCCGCUUUCCAUUCACCCCGCCCCAUUCUUCCCGCUUUCCAUCACCCCACCCCAUUCUCCCGUUUUCAAUCACCCCGCCCCAUUCUCCCGCUUUCCAUCACCCCGCCCCCAUUCUCCCUCUUUUCAUCACACCCGCCCCAUUCUCCUCUUUCCAUCACCCCACCCCAUCCUCCCUCUUUCCAUCGCCCCGCCCCAUUAUCUCUUCCGCUUUCAUCACCCCGUCCCAUUCUCCCCUCUUUCCAUCACCCCGCCCCAUUCCCCCUCUUUCCAUCAGCCUGCCCCCAUUCUCCCGCUCUCCAUCACCCCGCCCUAUUCUCCCUAUUUCUAUCACCCCGCCCCAUUCUCCCUCUUUCCAUCACCUCGCCCUAUUCUCCCUCUUCCUAUCACCCCGCCCCCAUUCUCCCGCUUUCCAUUACCCCACCCCAUUCUCCCGCUUUCCAUCACCCCGCCCCAUUCUCCCUCUUUCCAUCACCCCUGCCCCAUUCUCCCUCUUUUCCAUCACCCCGCCCCAUUCUCCCACUUUCCAUCACCCCGCCCCAUUCUCCCGCUUUUCCAUCACCCCACCCCAUUCUCCCGCUUUCCAUCACCCCGCCCCAUUCUCCCUCUUUCCAUCACCCCCGCCCCAUUCUUGCACUUUUCAUCACCCUGCCCCAUUCUCCCUCUUUCCAUCACCCCCGCCCCAUUCCCCCUCUUUCCAUCAGCCCGCCCCAUUCUCCCGCUUUUCUUCACCCGGCCCCAUUCUUCCGCUUUUCAUCACCCCGCCCCAUUCUCCCGCUUUCCAUCACCCCGCCCCAUUCUCCCACUUUCCAUCACCCCCUUUCCAUCACCCGGCCCCAUUCUCCUGCUUUCCAUCACCCCGCCCCAUUCUCCCGCUUUCCAUCACCCCGCCCCAUUCUCCCGCUUUCCAUCACCCCGCCCCAUUCUCCCGCUUUCCAUCACCCCGCCCAAUUCUCCCGUUUUCCAUCACCCCGCCCCAUUCUCCCCCUUUCCAUCACCCCGCCCCAUUCUCCCUCUUUUCAUCACCCCGCCAAAUUCUCCCUCGUUCUAUAUCCCCACCCCAUUCUCCCUCUUUCCAUCGCCCCGCCCCAUUCUUCCACUUUUCAUCACCCCGCCCCAUUCUCCCUCUUCCAUCACCCCGCCCCAUUCCCCCUCUUUCCAUCAGCCUGCCCCAUUCUCCCGCUCUCCAUCGCCCCGCCCUAUUCUCCCCAUUUCUAUCACCCCGCCCCAUUCUCCCGCUAUCCAUCUCCCCGCCCCAUUCUCCCGCUUUCCAUCACCCCGCCCCAUUCUCCCGCUUUCCAUCACCCCAAGCCAUUCUCCUUCUUUCCAUCACCCCGCCUCAUUCUCCCGCUUUCCAUCACCCUGUCAAAUUCUCCCGCUUUCCAUCACCCCGCCCCAUUGUCCCUCUUUCCAUCACCCCGCCCCAUUCUCCCUCUUUCCAUCACCCUGCCCCAUUCUCCCUCUUUCCAUCACCCCACCCCAUUCUCCCGCUUUCAAUCACCCCGCCCCAUUCUCCCGCUUUCCAUCACCCCGCCCCAUUCUCCCGCAUUCCAUCACCCCGCCCCAUUCUCUCGCUUUCCAUCAACCCGCCCCAUUCUCCCUAUUUCCAUCACCCACCCUAAUCUCCCUCUUUCCAUCACCCCGACCCAUUUUCCUUCUUUCCAUCACCCCCCCCCAUUCUCUCGCUUUCCAUCACCCAGCCCCAUUCUUCCGUUUUCCAUCACCCCGCCCCAUUCUCCCUCUUUCCAUCUCACCGCCCCAUUCUCCCUCUCUCCAUCACCCCACCCUAUUCUCCCGCUUUCCAUCACCCCGCCCCUUUCUCCCGCUUUCAAUCACCCCGAACCAUUCUUCCGCUUUCCAUUACCCCGCCCCAUUCUCCCGCUUUUUCAUCACCCCGCCCCAUUCUCCCUCUUUCCAUAACCCCGCCCUAUUCUCCCUCUUUCCAUCACCUCGCUCCAUUCUCCCGCUUUCCAUCACCCCGCCCCAUUCUCCCAAGGUAUCUAGGAUUGUGGCAAACACGAUCGUGCUGGGUGGUCCAUGA